AUUUCACAUGAAUAUAAGCUUUCGUUUCAAAUAAACUAAAAUUUCACAAUUUCCAAAAACAGAGGUAUUUCAAAUUCAUUAUAUAUAGAAUAAAACUCUCAUCAGUAUUUCUGAAUGUCGUAUAAGGUUGGUUCAAUUUCAGUAUUAAGAAUGCUUAAAGGGGAAUUUUGAUGCAUGCUCCUAAUUGGAAAAGCUUUUACUUGAAUAUAUGGCUCUUUUGGAUGAAAUUCUCAAAUAGCAAAUCAAAGAGGAAAUCACAUUCUCUUGGAAUGACUCCUAUGAGCCUGUAAGUUAAAUAGAUAUAUUUUUAGAAUAAAUUCACAUAAUCAAAUUAAUGGCAUUAUGAAUAUGCAUGUAAUUUAUACAAUUUAGGCAUACUAUUAUACCAUUAAGGAGAAAAUGUACAACAGAUCAAAGAUUCUUUGACAAAAAGUCGAAAUUCUCUUUGGUGUUAUUAAAAACUUUAAGAAGUCUUACCCUUCAUUAAUUCUAAGACCUUACAGUAACAUUCAGAUCUCUCGGUUGUUCAUAUUUAUAUGUUAAAUAGUUAUGUAAUUAUUUCCUUCCAAAAAUAGGCAUCAGCUUUUGGAUAUAAAAAAUUAUAUGAUCAUUUCAAAUAAACUAAUAAAGGAAAUGAAGAAUUAAUGGAGAGUUUAGGUUUUUUGUAGGAGGCUAACAAAUUAUAUGAUUCUAGUAUCAGAUAUUUGAUUUAAUCUAAAUAAUGCCACAAAAAAUAAAUUCCACCAAUAAUAUAUAAUUAAUUAUUGGAGAAAUUUACUAAUGAUAGCACAAUUUCAGAAGUUAUCUUAUAUGUUGAAUUGGCAAAAAUUAUGGCAGACACAGCUAAAGAAUUCCCAAAAGAAUUAAGAAUGGGAAAGGCAAUUGCUUAUAUUAAUAAAGCUGAAUAGGCUAUUACGUCUAUCUUCAAAAAAUAUAAAACAAAAAAUUAAUUUCUUGUUGAUCAAUUGUAUUACGUUAAUUAAAAAUACUAGAACUUAGAUAGCAGUAUAAAAAAAGGAGUAUAAUUACUUGAAUGACAAAGUAAACAAGAACCCUAUUGCCAAAGAGUAUGAAUUAUUGCAAUUAACUGUGAAAUAAGAUUUGAUAAAGCCAAAGGCACCUGAUUUUUAUGCAUAGAAUAAUGAGUUAAAACAGAAACAAGAAGAUGAGAAGAAGCUUGGAGUAGUAAAGUUGAUUGAAGAAGUUAAUUCCAAAAAAUUGUAGGCGAAUGAACAAUUAGUACAAUUUCAAAAUUAAUAUACAACAAUAUUCACUUAAAAUAAUUUACAGUAUAUGUUGGAUGCAUUUUAAAAUGCUGAGCAGUUGAAACUAACACCUUCUAUUUAAUAAAAAGUUGAUUUCAUAAAAGAUAGAGGAGGAUGGAAGGGUUAUUCAUAAUAAAUUAAUAAAGUUCAUUAAUUACAAUAGGAGUAGGGAAAACAAUUAAUUUAGAUUAAGAAUAUCAUAGAUCAACAAACUUAAAUUAUGGGUAACGUAGAAUAAGGAAAGAAAUAAAUAACCUAAUAAUAAAUCGAAGUUUUCAGAAAAGUUUUUGAUGGUAUUAAUAAAUAAUGAAUCUUAAAAUAGAUCUUUAGAAAAGAUUAUUGGAGGCAAAUUACAUUCACAAAAACAAUGAAGAUUAAAUUGAGAAAGUGAAGGAUCAAUUAUUAUUUAUCGAAUAGAAUAAUAAUUAAAUGAUUACAAGCAAGAUGCAAACUUCAUUAUAAGAGUCUUAAAAGUUUUAUAAAUAGAAUAUAAUACAUUUGAAAAGUGUAUCUUUAUCUGUAGAGAUCAUAAAUAACAAGUUGGAAAUGAUUAAAUAAUAAUUAACAAGCUUAGAAAAAUACAUAGAUGAUCUAAGGUUAGAUAAAAGUCUGCUAAAUGGAAUAGAUUAGUUUAUGCAGUAAUAGAUUAUGAAAAUAAUAAACUAAAAAAUUAAUGGUUAUGAUUAGAUAGUAAAUAUGCAAUAAAUAAUUAUAGUUUUAAUCCAUAAAUUUAAAUUAGUUGGAAGAAGUUUCAAAAAAAUUAAAGGAGCAAUAAUUAUUUAUGGCAAUAGCUAAUUAAGAUGAAGAUGCUUUUGAGAAUUCAUUAAAGUCAAUAAUUGAAGCCUUUUAAAACCUUGAUUAUGGUUAACAGUUUUACGAGUAUUAAAUUAUUUUAAAAUUUAGAUCUGUCUAAUUAUAAAUUGUUUAAGUAAGUUAGGCUUUGCAAGAACUGGUUAACAGAGUUAAUUAGUGAU